UUCUUUUUCUUUUUUUGUUGUAUACUUUUGUUCUGUGCGAGCGAAUGUGAAGUGAGGAAAAAUAUAAUAAAAAAUGGCUGAUGAAAACGAAAACUAAAAUCGCACUGCAAUAAAAAUUCCAAUUAACAAAACAAUCUUUUCAAUUUCGUUUUCAAAGAAACUCCAAAGUGACCACUUGCACAGCAAAGCUUCAAACAAUUGAAUAAUUCUUCCACAAUCCAGAUACAGGUGUGAAAAUCAUUCCUCACAGUGGUAGCGAAAACUAUUAAAACAAAAAAGAAAAACACUCGAACAAGUCGAAGGAAAAGAAACAAAAAUGGACGGAAACGAUAGGGAAUCGCAAUUCGGACAUAUGGGCCCAAUUUCUCCGCCAGAAAUCAAACCAGAUAUCUCCCUUCUCAAUGGCAACAGUGUCGAGGGGUUCUCUCCGGGUCCGGGCAGCCCAGGACAGUUCGUUUCCAUCAGCAGCCUUCAGGCAGUGACUGCGAUGAAUGAAUCUCCGACAAACCAGAAUCGCCUCCAUUCCCAACAGCAACUCCAGCAUCAGCAACAGCCGCAGUAUCCCCCAAACCAUCCCCUGAGCGGAUCGAAGCACUUGUGCUCGAUAUGUGGCGAUCGGGCCAGUGGCAAACACUACGGCGUGUACAGCUGUGAGGGCUGUAAGGGCUUCUUCAAGCGCACCGUUCGCAAAGACCUGACUUACGCGUGUCGCGAGGACAAGAACUGCAUCAUUGACAAGAGACAACGAAAUCGAUGCCAGUACUGUCGAUAUCAGAAGUGCUUGACAUGUGGCAUGAAACGUGAGGCUGUGCAGGAGGAGCGCCAGCGUGGCGCCAAGAUGGCCAAUGCUCGCAACGAAGAUCUGAACCCCACAAGCUCGGUACGGGACCUGACUAUCGAACGAAUCAUCGAAUGCGAGCAGAAGGCCGAAUCGCGAUGUGGCGACAAUGUUGUACCUUACCUGCGGGUGGCUCCCAAUUCAAUGGUUCAGACCGAGUACAAGGGAGCCGUUUCUCAUCUAUGCCAAAUGGUCAAUAAGCAGCUAUUCCAGAUGGUAGAGUAUUCCCGUCGCAUGCCCCACUUCUCACAGUUGCACCGCGAAGAUCAGAUCUUGCUGCUGAAGUCGAGCUGGAAUGAGUUGCUGAUUGCAAACGUGGCCUGGCGCAGCAUUGAAUACCUGGACAUCGAACACGCCAAUCCCGAUGGAACGGUCGAUAGGCGGACGCCAAUCAGGCCACCACAGCAGCUUUGCCUAGCUCCCAACUUCACGUAUCACCGCAACAGCGCUAUCCAGGCCGGAGUGGCCACCAUCUUUGACAGAAUUCUCUCGGAACUGAGUGUGAAGAUGAAGCGCUUGAACAUUGAUCGAUCGGAGUUGUCCUGUCUGAGGGCCAUCAUCCUGUUCAACCCGGACAUCCGAGGCUUGAAGAGUCGCAAUGAGAUCGAGAUGUGUCGCGAGAAGGUCUACGCUUGCCUGGACGAGCAUUGUCGCACUGAACACCCAGGCGACGACAGUCGCUUUGCACAGCUGCUCUUGAGGCUGCCGGCUUUGCGUUCGAUCAGUCUCAAGUGUCUGGAUCAUUUGUUCUUUUUCAGGGUCAUAGGUGAAAAGCCAAUAGAGCAUUUCCUUGCUGACGCUCUCAACACUCCACUUCCAUUACCUUAAGAUGGAUUUGUGAUGAUGCACACGGUUGGACGGGUUUUUAUUUUAUUACUUAACUACUUCUUCUGCUUUAUAGGAUUUUGCGAUUCGAAGUAUUUUUAUUUUUCUUUUAAUCUUUAUUUUUAUUUUAUUUUAUUGGUUUUUUAAAAACAAAUUAAAGUUAUAAAAAUAUAAAAGAAAAGAAACAAAAAUAGUACAUAAUGUAUUCAUUACGAUUAUACAUAUUAUAUAAACAAAAUAUAUAGAUUUAGAUAAUUUAUAUAUAAAUAUAUAUUAUAAAUUAACGAUUUUAUUUAUUUUUGAAUGCAAUUUCAAAAGUUGUUAUAUACAUAUAUCUCUUUAAACAAAACAAAAGUAAAAACAAAAAACAAAAACAAAUGCAAUUUAUAGUAUCUAAUGCUUUUAUUGUUUUCUUCUUUUACAAAAACAAAUAAAAAAAACUCUGUAAAGUUAUUAUAAAUAAAAUAUUAUUGUUUUUCGUUGUUUCUCCAAGCAGAGGCAAGAAAAACAAAUAUUAAUUAUUAUAGAAUAAUAAUGUUAUUAUUGGUCGGUUAAAGACUUUCACUCAAGAUAUAUAAAAAUUAUAAAAGUUACAAUAAAUAAAA